CGGCUUAGCGCUGCGCGCAGCAGCACCAGUGGGUCUCGAAACGGAAAAUCUGGCGAUUGAUUUAUUACGCUCAGCCUAUAUCGCUCGACGCGCCGCGCCCUUCGGCGACGCGUAUACAAGCAUUCCACGCCGCCAGCUGAGUACGACGCACACGCGACAACGCGCUCCCUGUUCCUGCCGUUUGUCGCCGCGUUAUGAGCGCCGAAAACGGCUCACCGGGAUCGCCCGUGGUGGCGGCGGCCGUGCUACAACAACCGAUGUCGUUCUCGCAGCACAGAGGUCGUCGCCGGUUGCCGGACGGGAUGGACCAGUCGGCAGGGCCCGGAUGCAACGGAAGACCAGCUGCCAGGAAGACCACGGUGCUGGUCAUCGGAGCAGGCCUCAGCGGGCUGUCGGCUGCCAAGCUGCUGUCCGAGCGCGGCGUUGACGUCACUGUCCUCGAAGCACGACAGAGGGUCGGAGGCCGCCUGUUCACUGUCAAGAACGAGCUGGUUGGCUGGGUCGACCUGGGCGGCUCGUAUGUGGGCCCCACGCAGAACCACAUCCUGCGUCUGGCAGACGAGCUGCAGGUGGACACGUACAAGUUAUUCGACGACCUCAAGAGCCUGCAGUUCAGCGAGGGCAAGGCGUACCCGUAUGAAACCAUGUGGGCCCACUUCGGAAUAAAUGACCCUCUGGCGUGGUUCGACAUCAACUACGUCAUGCGCAGGAUGGACAUCAUGAUGGAGCAGAUUCCCGUCGUGGAUCCAUGGAACUGCCCCCACGCGGCAGAGUGGGACGCCAUGACGCUGCAGAACUUCUUUGAGAAAGAGGCGUGGACUAAGGGCUGCCGCGACCACCUCAGCGCCCUGGCACAAGUAAACUUGGCCAGCGAGCCGAGCCAGGUGUCCCUGCUGUGGGUGCUGUGGUGCAUCAAGUGCUGCGGAGGGAACCGCAGGAUGUGCAGCAUCUUAAAUGGCGCUCAGGAAAGGAAAUUCGAAAACGGCUCCAUGACAGUGUGCGAAAGGCUCCUACAGCUGCUGAAAGCAUGGUCAUGGUCCAAGGGUCUUCAUUUCCGAAAAUGGUCUAGAGUCCAGCCAGUUAAAUGCUGUUCGAAGAGGUUCACGCUCGACGUCGUACCGAGGGCAGAGGCACAACGUCGAGCAUCGUACACUGGUAAAGUCGAGUUCGACGCCCAAGUAUGCCACCUUCAGAAGGACGAGAAGGGGGUCCGCGUGGGCGUCAUCGACGGCAGGGAGUUCCAGGCUGACUACGUCAUCAUGGCGAUCCCGUUACCCAUUCAGCUGAAAGUGCACUACGAACCGCCACUACCGUCGCUGCGCAACCAGCUCAUACAACGUACGCCGGUCGGUUCGGUGUACAAGAUGAACAUCUACUAUGCCACGCCCUUCUGGAAGGAAAUAGGUUACAGUGGAACGGUAUUCUGCUGCGACGAUGAACUGGCUUUCAACUACAGCACGGAUGACUGCAGACCUGGAUCCUCGCUUGCGGCUCUUACAAUAUUCGCCAUUGGUGACAAGGCCUUGAGACUACAAGAAUUACCGAAGCACAUCAGGCCCAAAGUCAUAUCUGCGGAUUUGGCAAGAGCCUUCGAACACGAAGCGGCCUACAACAUUCCCGUCGUGGAUCCAUGGAACUGCCCCCACGCGGCAGAGUGGGACGCCAUGACGCUGCAGAACUUCUUUGAGAAAGAGGCGUGGACUAAGGGCUGCCGCGACCACCUCAGCGCCCUGGCACAAGUAAACUUGGCCAGCGAGCCGAGCCAGGUGUCCCUGCUGUGGGUGCUGUGGUGCAUCAAGUGCUGCGGAGGGAACCGCAGGAUGUGCAGCAUCUUAAAUGGCGCUCAGGAAAGGAAAUUCGAAAACGGCUCCAUGACAGUGUGCGAAAGGCUCCUACAGCUGCUGAAAGGUAAAGUCGAGUUCGACGCCCAAGUAUGCCACCUUCAGAAGGACGAGAAGGGGGUCCGCGUGGGCGUCAUCGACGGCAGGGAGUUCCAGGCUGACUACGUCAUCAUGGCGAUCCCGUUACCCAUUCAGCUGAAAGUGCACUACGAACCGCCACUACCGUCGCUGCGCAACCAGCUCAUACAACGUACGCCGGUCGGUUCGGUGUACAAGAUGAACAUCUACUAUGCCACGCCCUUCUGGAAGGAAAUAGGUUACAGUGGAACGGUAUUCUGCUGCGACGAUGAACUGGCUUUCAACUACAGCACGGAUGACUGCAGACCUGGAUCCUCGCUUGCGGCUCUUACAAUAUUCGCCAUUGGUGACAAGGCCUUGAGACUACAAGAAUUACCGAAGCACAUCAGGCCCAAAGUCAUAUCUGCGGAUUUGGCAAGAGCCUUCGAACACGAAGCGGCCUACAACCCUGUGCACUUCGAAGAGAAGAACUGGCUCGAGGAGCAGUACUCGGGCGGCUGUUACGUGUCCACGUUCCCGACAGGUGUCAUGAGCAAGUACGGAAAGACCCUGCGGGAGCCGUUCGGCCGGGUGUACUUCGCGGGCACGGAGACGGCAACUUCAUGGCCCGGCUACAUGAACGGCGCUGUGCAGGCUGGGGAGAGAGCUGCCAGAGAGGUCCUUUGUGCGAUGAAAAUGAUACGGAAAGACCAGAUCUGGGUGGAAGAACCAGAAUUCAAGGGCGCGAAAGCGCGGCCGUUCGAGUUGUCCUUCCUGGAGCGCCACCCUCCACACGUGCUGCUCGUCGCCGCCACGGGAGCCCUCGCCGCGUCCGGCGUCGCUUGCGUGGCGGCCUACGGUGUCUGGAAGGCAGUCACCGCCGUGCGGGGGCCGUAGACCGGCUUAGAUGGCAUUUAGCAGAGAACCGUCUUCGAGGCACAUGGCAGACCAGGGGGGGCCUUACCACCACAAGACCAGAUGGCGAAUUCCCUGCCGAAUAACUUCGUCUUUGUUGCCUCCUCGAAGUCAGUCAGAUAUGCGACAUUAUCUAAGAAGCCAGUGGUGGAAUCCCACUUGGGGGUCUCCCUCGCCAAGGCACUUGGCGAGUGAGGCACUUUCGAAACAGUAUAUUUAGUUAUGGCGGACCGGGAAUCUUGAACGAGUGUACCAUACGCGGAAAAUGUUCGACAGCGACGCGCUCGCGCGCCACCGUGUAUCCAACUUUUCUGCGCAUGUGCAAUGGCACCACUUCAGUGACGCACUUGUAGGUAAGUCGCACGGCACUGGAAUGGCGUUCUAUUACACCUCAGUAAGAGUACAGUUGUGGCAGUAGAGGAAUAUGGUUCUCCAGACGGCUGUAUCGGCUGGGGCCGGUUCUGCUCUGAUGGAUGAGACACAUGGCGUACGACGCGACGUCCGAUACAUUGUGGGACGGGUUUGAAGGAUGACUGCUCCGACUGUUGACAUUUUAAUAAAAUAUGUUUGAAAAUUCUUGGACGGUUGUUGGUACGACAGGUGGCACACUAGAACGCGUGCAUAACCGUACCUACCCCCACCUACCCAGCGGUGGGGGUUAAUGGUUAAAAAAGAAAUGGGCUAGAAGCCGCAGACGCCUGCUCAAAGCUGCUCCCGAAAAUACUCCGCAAUUUCCGUGGCAUCAAGUCGGCGCGAGUUCUUUAUUUACAACUUAGCAUGUAGCUGCGAGUACCAACCAUUGGGAAGACCCAGAGCGGUUUAUGCCCGGAGCGCUGGGAACCAGUGUUACGCAACUGCAGUGGUGCCAAGUCUUGUCUUGGUGCCGCAUUUCCGACCUGCUAUAACUUUCAUUAGCAAUGUUAUUUGCACAUGCCAACCACACAUUGAUCGGCGCGCGCUAUGUAAUUUCUGUGCUUUGUACCGCAAAGCUAUGGCUGAGCUUCCGUCAUUGAAUGAUCUAAUAAAUGUUUUAUUUUGGAAA